AUGGACGCGCCCACCGCCACGGGCAAGCGCAAGCGGCCUGCCGCCGAGGAGGUGUCCGACGCCGAGGUGGAGGAGUUCUCCGUCAUCUUGCGCCGCAUGCGCGACGCCACCCGCCGCUUUGUAUCGCGCGGCAGCGCAGGGGCACGUGCUCCAUCGUCGUGGCACCCCAGCUUCUGGGAGGACUUGGCGCCAGCAGCACAGCCAGCACCGACACAGCCACAGCGGCCAUCCGUGGACGCGCGUCUCACCGAGGACGCCAAGCCACCGCCACGGCCCUCAGGCAUCUUCCUCGACCUGAACGCCGAGCCGGAGCCCGAGGCACCGGCCACGCCGUGA